AUGACACAUCCUUUUGGCGAGUGGGUCGAGACAGGGCACCAGGAUGUCGGUCCCCUUUUUUACAACGACGGGCCACUAACCCCGGAUAAGCGCGUGCUCAAACUCCGCACGCUAGCAGAUGCGGCCGCAACCCAGGACAGUGCUUGCGCACGAAUGCUUGCAAUGUCGCGCGAGGGUCUUGUUUCUGAUCAGUUCCGAAAACAACUAUGGCCACUACUUUUAGAUGCUCCGGAAACACCACUCCGUGAGACACCCAUGGCUGAUCUUCCACCUCACCGUGAAGAAGGUCAAGUCUUGCUUGACUGCAACCGGUCCUUUGUUUAUUUCCCACCAAACCUCGAUGACCAAUCCCGCGAAAUAUAUCAAAAACAACUUUACGACCUUAUCGUCACCGUCCUCAGAAGAAACCCAGUUCUCGCUUACUACCAAGGCUUUCAUGAUGUGGCACAGAUCUUUCUUCUUGUCUUUGGCCCCACCGAUGCGAUCCCAAUCUUUGAAUAUGUUGCGCUUUACUUUCUGCGCGACUUUAUGAUGCCCGAAAUGGAGGCUUCUUUGUUACACAUGGAACUAGUUGCGGCUAUAAUCCAAGCUGUCGACCCAGAUUUGGCUCAAAUCGUCCCCAGUGACAUCCUUAACAUUGCCAUCUCCUCAAUGCUCACCAUCUUCUCCCAUGACUUACACGCUUACAAUGACAUUUGCAUUCUCUUUGACUUUGUCUUUGCUUACCGUACCAUGGCAAUUCCUCCCUAUAUUUACGCAGCCAUUUUACUUUUACGCAAAGACAAGUUUUUCAAUUCCCAAGACAUUGAUUCCUCAGAAGUCAUCUCCGUCCUCAACAAUGUUUUAAAAACUUUCCCGGAAACUGAUUCCGCCAUUUUCGAAGUCACCAGCUACGCUGAAACACUCUUUCAAAAUUACCCUCCACAAUCCCUGAAACUAUGGGAAAAACUUAGCCAGUAUUCUGUCCUCAAAACUACAGCUGCACCAAAUACCCAAGAAAUCGUUCUAGAAGAUAACAAAGAUCUAGAUCACGAUACUGAUGAUGAUAACGAUAAUGGUGAUGGUGAUGGUGAUGGAGAAAUUGGAAACAGACGAUGGACUCAAAAUAGUUUCUUCCCUUUAGUUGGCAACCGCGAAACAACAAGCGAAAAUCAAGUCAAUGGCGGAGAAUCUCCAGCAUCUGCUGGCGGGUCCCAACACUCAGAUGCUACAUCAAUGUUUGACGGUACACCUAGAAUCCCAUCCGUCAUUGAUUCCUUUUCAGCUGAAUCUCUGCAUGACUUGCCACUACCACUGGCUCACCCAAUUUACUCUCUAGAGGAAGUCGAGGAAAUUGCUAGACAACAAGUAGCCGAGGACCUGGCACUUAAAGCGGAGCGUGAUCGUAUUGCAAAGGAAAGACGGGAAAAAAUGCGUGCGAAGAAAUCUGCUGCUGCUGCUGCUGGCGGUGCAGGCUCUUCUUCCUCAUCUGGUAGUGGUGCUGGUGGUGCUGGUUCAAUGCCCUGGAGGAAACCUCACCACAGAAUCCCAAUAUGGACAGAAACAACAACCCUUGUUGCACGGCUUUUUGCAAACCGUCCUCGUACUAUUAUCAACCCGCGGACCGUUGCAACCAUGCUUGUUCCACGUACCGUACUUUCAGCGUCGCUCUACGGUGGAGUCUUCUCGUUACUUUUGGCAUGGUACAUUCAUAAACACCCGCAAGCCCUGCCGCGCUCGUUUGACACGUUGCGCGAGUAUUGGCGAUAUAUUUGGAGUACUCUUGUUGCGCGGUAUUUCUAG